CUUGUGGGUUCGUUCCUCAGUCCACACCGCAGGGCCUGCAAAGCUGCCUCCCGCCCCUUAGACCCGUCUGGAACAGCAGGGAAGGACAAGGGAGAAAGGGAGGGGGCCCAAAGCAAGCGGGGUCUAAGGAGCCGGCCGGUCCUGCCACACUCAAGAUGGCGGCGCGGCAGCGGCGAAGUCCCUCAGAGGCGGUACCAGCGCAUGCGCAGCGCGGAGUCCCGGCCCGGGACACAAGAUGGCGGCAGCGGCGUUGGGGAGGGCGAGGCGGAGGCGGCAAAACGGGCGGUCGAGCAGAACGUGUAACCGCGUCCCCUCGAGUCCGCUGCGGGCAGUUGACCUACCUGCUGCACCAGUAUCACACAGUAUUGCUUGGGGAAAAGUAUUUCAAUAAAGUUGCUGAUGCAAGGAAUCCCCUGGGCCCCGGUCCACUCCACUGCUGACCAGCCCAUCCUCCUGCGCUGUGCUUUCCUGCAGGCCCCCCCCCCCACUGCCUCUGUGGGACCCGGUGACGUGGGGGUCCAUCUGGCCGGAGAAGAAAACCCUCUCAUGCUAGCGUUGCAGACCCCAGAGGGUCCGGUGUGGGUGCUGAGAUGGCCAAUGAGAAUCACGGCAGCCCCCGGGAGGAAGCAUCCUUGUUGAGUCACUCCCCCGGCACCUCCAGUCAGAGCCAGCCCUGUUCUCCAAAGCCCAUCCGCCUGGUGCAGGACCUCCCAGAGGAGCUGGUACACGCAGGCUGGGAGAAGUGCUGGAGCCGAAGGGAGAACCGUCCCUACUACUUCAACCGAUUCACCAACCAGUCCCUGUGGGAGAUGCCCGUGCUCGGCCAGCACGACGUGAUUUCGGACCCUUUAGGGCUGAAUGCGACCCCCCUGCCCCAAGACUCAAGCUUGGUGGAAACCCCCCUGGCUGAGAACAAGCCCCGAAAGCGGCAGUUCUCAGAAGAGCAGCCCAGCGGCAAUGGCGUGAAGAAGCCCAAGAUUGAAAUCCCCAUAACGCCCACGGGCCCGUCAGUCCCCAGCUCCCCCAGCAUCCCAGGAACCCCAACGCUGAAGAUCUGGGGCACGUCCCCUGAAGAUAAACAGCAGGCAGCUCUCCUCCGACCCACAGAGGUGUACUGGGAUCUGGACAUUCAGACCAACGCGGUCAUCAAGCACCGGGGGCCUUCGGAGGUGCUGCCUCCACACCCCGAGGUGGAGCUGCUCCGCUCCCAGCUCAUCCUGAAGCUCCGGCAGCACUACCGGGAGCUGUGCCAGCAGCGAGAGGGCAUUGAGCCGCCCCGGGAAUCUUUCAACCGCUGGAUGCUGGAGCGCAAGGUUGUGGACAAAGGCUCUGACCCCCUGUUGCCAAGCAACUGUGAGCCGGUGGUGUCACCUUCCAUGUUUCGCGAAAUCAUGAACGACAUUCCCAUCAGGUUAUCCCGAAUCAAGUUCCGGGAGGAGGCCAAGCGUCUGCUCUUCAAGUACGCAGAGGCGGCCAGGCGGCUCAUCGAGUCCAGGAGUGCGUCUCCUGACAGCAGGAAGGUGGUCAAGUGGAAUGUGGAGGAUACCUUCAGCUGGCUGCGGAAGGACCACUCUGCCUCCAAGGAGGACUACAUGGACCGCCUGGAACACCUGCGGAGGCAGUGUGGCCCCCACGUCUCGGCCGCAGCCAAGGACUCCGUGGAAGGCAUCUGCAGCAAGAUCUACCACAUCUCCCUGGAGUACGUCAAACGGAUCCGAGAGAAGCACCUUGCCAUCCUCAAGGAAAACAACAUCCCAGAGGAGGUGGAGGCGCCUGAGGUGGAGCCCCGCCUGGUGUACUGCUACCCAGUGCGGCUGGCCGUGCCCGCGCCCCCCAUGCCCAGCGUGGAGAUGCACGUGGAGAACAGCGUGGUCUGCGUCCGCUACAAGGGCGAGAUGGUCAAGGUCAGCCGCAACUACUUCAGCAAGCUGUGGCUCCUUUACCGCUACAGCUGCAUCGACGACUCCGCCUUUGAGAGAUUCCUGCCCCGGGUCUGGUGUCUGCUCCGCCGGUACCAGGUACUGGCCGGGGCAGCUGGGGGCGGGCUGACCCGGAGGGCGGGGAGGCCGCCCGAGGCUGAGCCAGCCGCUCCGCAGAUGAUGUUCGGCGUGGGUCUCUACGAGGGCACAGGCCUGCAGGGCUCGCUGCCGGUGCACGUCUUCGAGGCACUGCACCGACUCUUCGGCGUCAGCUUCGAGUGCUUCGCCUCGCCCCUCAACUGCUACUUCCGCCAGUACUGCUCCGCCUUUCCUGACACAGACGGCUACUUCGGCUCCCGCGGGCCCUGCCUGGACUUCUCGCCACUGAGCGGUUCCUUCGAGGCCAACCCUCCCUUCUGUGAGGAGCUCAUGGACGCCAUGGUCUCUCACUUUGAGAAACUGCUUGAGAGCUCGCCAGAGCCCCUGUCCUUCAUCGUGUUCAUCCCUGAGUGGCGAGAACCCCCAACCCCAGCGCUCACCCGCAUGGAGCAGAGCCGCUUCAAGCGCCACCAGCUGGUUCUGCCUGCCUUCGAGCACGAGUACCGCAGUGGCUCCCAGCACGUCUGCAAGAAGGAGGAAAUGCACUACAAGGCCGUCCACAGCACGGCCGUGCUCUUCCUGCAGAACGAGCCCGGCUUCGCCAAGUGGGGGCCCACACCUGAGCGGUUGCAGGAGCUGAGCGCCACCUGCCGUCAGUCGGGGCGCAGCCAUGGCUCCAGCGGCUCCGCAUCCUCAGAGGCCAAGGACCGGGACUCAGGCCGGGAGCAGGGCCCGAGCCGAGAGCCGCACUCCACUUAACACAGCCUGCGGGGAGGAGGAGCUCCCGGGUGCUGCUGUGGACUGCUGGGGCUCUGGGGGCAGAGUGGACCCCAGGACCCGCCUCGUGGGGCGGCCGCUGAUGACAUAGGAAGACGUGGCUCUGCCAGGGCGCCCCCUCCCUGCCCACGUCCCCCCAACUCCCCGCCUCACACUCACUCCAGGCCCCCUGUAAAUAGCCCCGUCCUGCCCUCCCUCCCUUCCCUCACCCCAUCCUGUUGCCACCUUGUUUCAUUUGUAAAAGGAAAUACAGAAACCCCCCCUGA